AUGUCGGCUUCGGCCCAGAACAACGUCGAUAUCGACGCCCUCCUCGAUCUCACAGAGUACGAGAACGUCUCGAAUUACCAGUCUCCUUCGGCCUCAGUCUCGCCCUCAGCGACCUCGAAGCCUACCUUCACAAGCCCCGUCACCGCGGCCGUGUCAGUGCCCGCAGCUACCACAACCACACAGACCUUGAGUGGUCCCAGUCACAACUAUGAUCUGUACCGACAACAGACUGGCUUUGUGCCCGGUGCGCUCGCAAACACCAUGGCGGUGAACCAGACCAACAACACUGGUUACCAGGACUUUGCCAGCCUCGACUAUCUUUCCACCUUCAGCCCCGAGAACGACAUGUUUGACUUCAACACGUCUCCUUCUCAAGGAACUCUGGGCGCUUCAGAUAUCGAUAUGGACUUUGAGUCCCCUGCCGAUUCGCAGCAAUUCUUCACCAUCAACCCCAGCAACAUCGAGCAGGAUGCCAGCCUGCCAUCGCCGCCUGUUCUGCCCACCCAGACCAACAAUGUCGGCCGUCUCUGGCCCGGCGCCCACUCUCAGGCUGCCCUCGCCAAGGCUCAAGCUGAGCAGCGUCACCAGCAGCGCCUGAUCCAGCAGCAGCAACAGGCUCAGCGACAGAGCCCCCAGGCCAAGUCCCGCGGCAAGGCUCCUCAGCCCACCGACCCCAUUGUUGAGCAGAAGAUCACUCAGCUCCUCAACUCGAUGCGGGCCAAGCCCUCUAUGCCUGACGGUCAGGGCCAGAGCCCCCUCACCAACCUCCCCCGCGCCAAGAAGGACGAGGAUGAGAUGGAUGAGGAUGAGCGACUCCUGGCUAGUGAGGAGGGUAAGAAGCUCAGCAGUAAGGAGCGCCGUCAGCUUCGCAACAAGGUUUCCGCUCGUGCUUUCCGUUCCCGUAGAAAGGAAUACAUCUCUCAGCUGGAGAGUGAAAUUGCCAACAAGGUCAACGAGAAUGGUGAUCUCCGAACCCAGAACCGGGCCCUCGUUGAGGAGAACAAGCGUCUCACCGACCUGACCCGUAUGCUUCUGUCCUCGUCUUCCUUCUCCACCUUCCUGGACACGCUCAGCAACAACCCUGCCGCCUCUACUGCCCCUACCCCUCAGCUCAAGGUCGAGCCUCAGCAGGAGCAGCGUCAGAUGCCCAAGGACAUCAACCCUUACAACGCCCAGCAGUCCCAGCAGCAACAGAUUGGCAUGGCCAUGAUCCCUGAGCAGAACAUGGACUUCUCCAUGCUCACCCUGGACAACACCUACAACUUCCAGCCCCAGGUCUUUGUCGUCGACACCCCUGAGGUGCCCACUCUCGAUGCCGCUGUCCUGUCCGGAAAAACCUCCAACUUUGUUGAGCCUGCCUUUGAUUCCGAGGAUGAGAAGGUCGACAUGCCCAUCAUCGAGCGACCUGUCGAGAAGCCUCGGGUGUCUGAGCCUGUCGAGGCUGUCCCUGUCGACGCUGAGUUUGAGUCUGAUCCCGAUUUCGCCCUGUUCCACAACGAGCCUGCCACUACCACUGAGCAGCCCAAGGAGCUCGACACCGAGGGUCUGUCCAACGUCGACAUCUUUGGUGGCAUCGAAUCGGAGAAGGUUCUCUCGCGACUGGAGCUUGUUGAUGCCAGCGAGGAAGAGACCACAGCUGCUCUGGCCAUGCUUCGGGUGGAACGCAUCUGCGCUAGCACCGAGGCCGUUGUGUCAAGGUUAGAGCUUCUCACCCUUGACAUGUAA